ACGAACGAGAAUCGAUGCGAUCCAACACACAAAGCACAGUUUUUGUUCGUUCAUUUUUAGUUGAAUACCAAGCACGGUGCUAGAAAGACGCAAUAUUUCAGUGUCAUCGUGCUGCUGUAGAAAUAGCGACAACACAUAAGGAACAACAUAUGAGAGAAUAAUUACAACGUUCACAAGAACGAUUUGAAGUGUAAACAUACAUAAUUUGGUUGUUAAUUUUUUGUGUAAAACGUUGGAAUUUUUUUGUUGAAGAAGAAGAAGAAAAAAAAUGUCGUCGAUAGCGGCUGAUCAAGUGAAUAUUGAUGUGGAGCAGUUGAACGACGCAAAUAAACACAAUACAUUGCGAGUGGGUGAGCUGGCUGUAGACGGGCGACAUCGGUCGGGUCAUGCAGAACGCUCGGGUCAUAAUCGUAACGGGAGCAAUCACAGCCAGAAUGGACGAUCGCGUCGGAGAUCUCGAUCACGUUCACGUUCACAUUCACCAUCACAUCGUAACAAACGAGCCACAGAGACCGCAGCACCACCAACCGAAAGAGAUGUAACAAGCAAUUCACAUGACGUUGAACCGCUUUUGGUGACAAAUACAAACCAUAAAAAACAAACUGAAUUGGAUAACGAAGGCGAUUCGGAUGAGAAUGUUGCACAAAAUGAUAACGAUUCAAACAAUUCAGGUGUAGAUGAUGGAUUUUUUGUAGGUACAAGAGCUGAUACCGAUAACGAUGCAAAACAUCACCAUCAAAAUCACAACCAUAAUGACCAUAAUGUUCCUCAUGACAAUAAUCCACCGUUCCCAUAUGCACCCGGAUUCAAUCCAAACGUGAUAUUUGAUUCAGCUGGAAAUCCACAAGUCGUGCCCGACAUCAAUGUUUAUCAACAAAAAAAGAAUUUAGCACAAGGUAUGAUGGAUUUGGCGCUACUUUCGGCGAACGCAAAUCAAUUGCGAUAUGUGGUCGAAACAUAUAAAGUACAUCCGUACUACUGGUUCAGUUUGAUUUCGAUCUCAAUCAGUUUGAUUUUACAGGUUGCGGUCGGUGUCGGUUUGAUUUUGAACAGUCGAUACAAUGUUAAAAAUAAAGAGCAAAUUUGCCGUGCCGAUAAAAUCAAUAAUUUUACAAUUAUUGGCAUUUUUUUAAUCACAACAGUGAAUGUGUUCAUCACAGCUUUUGGCGUUGCACCAGCGCCCACAUAACAAAUUUUUACGUUAAAUAAUAGGCGAAAAUAAGUGAAGCAGUAUUCUUUUUGUUAUUUGAAAAACUAAACGUUUAAGUGUUUAACGUACGAUUUGGAGAUAUUUUAAAAAUUUUAAUUAAUUAAUGUCUGACAGUGGUAAUGCAUG